GGGAAACAGAAGGUCUCAACAAGAAUUGCUAUCUGUCCAAUCCUACUACAUUUCCUUAGCUUUCACAAUUUCUCUUGGAGAAUGGGGAUUUUGGGCUAGCAAUGGGUCUUUCUAUGUUGAAGGGAGUGCUUUUAGGAGAUUUUGCCUCUUCAUUUUUGGCUACGACAUUAAUGUCUGAACAAAUCUUACUUAUGCUCUGUCAUUACAAUAGUUUCACUCACUCAUCGUGGGCGCUACGCGAAUCGAAAGCCACAUUUGUCCAGGAGCUUUUUCUUACAAGAGCUGGAAACCCUUUUCCAAACCCACUCUCCUGUUUCUAUGUUCAUACUCUAAGAGACUGCAUAGUCAACUGUGUUGCGUCUUGGCUUCUGGUUAAACCCAUCAGCUCUGUUAUUGGUUGGAGGCAUUCGAUCUUUUUAUUUGUUGGGGCCGGGUCUCUUUCUAGCUUCUGCUACCUAUUCAGCAUGGAGGCGAGCGAGAAAAAUACUAACAACAUUGCCAACUACGCAUGUGCAAGUAAUGGUGCCUUCGCUGGGUUCGCCACACUCUCCUUGAUACUGCCGAGGUGCUACACACCUCUCUUUAAGCGCAUACCUCUCACAUUGUUUGGUACAUUCUAUCUCAUAAUAUGUUUACACAAUGAGUAUAUCGAACCAGGGCGUACUGAAACACACCGGGCGAUCAACAUUAGGCUAGAAAAUCGAAGUUUUGUCGGGGGAGUUUUCUUUGCCCUUAUGUACAGCUCCUUGUUUUUUCAAACAAGAGCUGGGUUCGGUAUGCGUCAGAUCUUUUAUAAUAAUAUUAAGAACGCAGCAAAGCUUUAGCUUGUUGCGUUGCUCACUGUCUUUACCGAAGGGACAAGAGAAGUACCACUUUGGACGCAACA